AACUUACUCAAACUUAUUCAUAAUGAUUAACUAUGACGAUGGUGAACAUAACUUGUUAUCGUUCUAUGGAAUAAAGACGUUGAAUCCUACAAAAGUAGAAGAUAUAAAUAUAGAGUCAACAGAACCAGUAGACGUGGACAACAUCAAAUCAUUAGAUAUUGAGGACCAGUUUGAUAUAUUAAACAAGCUUGUCAAAUAUGACAAUGAAUCGGACAACCAGCGUCGAUACAUUGACGAAGACGUCGAGGACCCUUUGAGGGGCCCAAACACAAACGUGAUCAAAGAUUUGAUUGCCAAGCAAGUCAUUUCAUCCAAGAAUGAUCCAUCAAUGAACGAAUACUUGAUAUCUUCCAGACAGUUCAAUAGCGAAAAGUUUUUGUCAACCGUACACAAGAACACUUCAAUUGAUGAUUUAACAAGGUACUUGAACUACUUGCAACAAAGCAUACUUGGACAACAAGAUGAAUUGAAACAAACAAUCGAUGAAAACUACACCAAUUUCAUCGAGUGCAAGAAUGCCAUUGACAGAAAUUUGAUCCAAUUCAAGCAGCUGAAAACCAGGGCCCAGCAGGAGAUGGAAAAGAUCAGAAUAUAUAAUCCCAGCAGAGAUAGAGACAGACUGAAGAAUCAAGGAAUGGAUAAUAAUUUCUUGAUCAAUGAAUUGGAAGAGGCAAUCAAGAAUUUGACAUUAUUGACAUCUACAAUGAUCAGACCCAUUAAGGAGAAUAAGGCGAAGGAAGUAAAGAUUUCGAAGUUGAUUGACUUUGUAGGUAAGAACGAGUUUUUGUUUAACUUGCCCUCAACUUUGAUUAAGAAUGUGAAGGCUUCCAAUCAUGAUGAUAUCGUCGAAGACUUACAGAGGUAUACGAAACUAAAACAAAAGCUCAUUGAAGAAGAAAACAACAAACUUGACUAUAUUAAUAGGAGAACGGCUUCUGCUGCAGCUGAUGAUGAUGUAAAACAAGGUAUACUACAGGAUCACCAGAGUGUCAACACUUUACUAAUAAAGAUAUUCAGCGAAGUGGACAGGAUCAUAGAAGAGUACAGAAGAUCCACUUACAAUGAAUUGUUAUCGUUUGAUCAUGAAAUAACAAACUCAAGGUUCAACCGAUCUAACAACACCAAAUUUUUGUCGUUGGUUGAUAAAAUUGACCAGCUUAACGGAGAUUUAAAGCAUUUGGAGUCUCCAAUCAACACCUUUUUGAAGGCACAAUUGAAAAAAUCAAAUAAGGAUUUAAACUAUCAAAUAGUUAAAUUCGAGGACAGAUUCUCAAGCAUGCAGAAGAAAUUAUUGGAUUACAUUCAAAGUCUCUCUGAUCAUAGAGUGAAUGGUUCCUAUGUCAAAUACAUUGCUGGAAAGUAUAAGAAUUUAGAAGAGUAUUAUAGAGCCUCCUCGAUGAUGAAGUCAUUGACAUUUGAAGAAAAAGAACUGAUUAUUCUUGAGAUAUUUGACAGCAGUGAUAAUUUGGAUUUGUCGUUGAUCAAUGAAACUUGGUUGAUAUUUUUGAACUUUGUCAAUUAUUUAUCUGAUGUUUACUUGAAGAACAUCAGCAAAUUUGUCAAUAACUAUAACUAUUAUGUGAAUAAUAAUAGGGACGUUGACUCGAAACAAGAAAUCAGACAGGAGUUUGUCAAUUCUAUCAUUGAUAUCUCCAAUAAGCUCUUCAAUAUUUUCAACAGCCAAGAAGAUACUUCCAAUCAAUUACAGAGCUCACCAAAGUACUAUUCGAACAUUUUGCCAUAUUACACUAACUCACUUUCAAGUGUAUUUUACAUCAGCAAGAUCAGCGAUAAAGUCAACUUAAUUUUGACUAGUUUUGGAAAGAAUAUAACAUUGGUGGGAAAUUUGGGUAAAAGUAAUGAUACCAACAAGAUCAUCAAGAACUUGCGGAACAUCUCCCACUCCAUCAAUCAAAGGAUAUUGGAAGCUGUUUGUGCAGUAUGGGUGAACGACUGCUCUCAGUUCUAUGAUUUAGAGAACUGGGAAGUAGAUGAAAAAAUCUUCAAGUUUGAUAGCUUUAUUCAAGAAAACAAGGAAGUAGAUGAAGGUAAUAGCAGCAUCACCAAAUUGGUUAACAUCAUUGAAUUCUACAGUAUUUUCAUGUUGAGAAAGAUUAAAAGUCUCAUGUUCAUCAGUAACUUGAACACCGAAGAGGAGGAUUACGUCAAGAUACUCGUUAGUGUUGAAAUUCAAUUCAUGAGAUGUCUAAGUAUUUUGGUUGAUUCCGUUAUGAAGAAGUACAAUCUUGAGCUGCAAAACUUGAACACCAACUCCAAGAUAGAUGAGGUCUUCAAAGUUUUGACCAUGAACAACUUUGAUAGAAUAACCAGAGUAGUGUACCCCGAAUUGAUUAAGAACUAUGACAAAAAGUUCGACAAGGAAUUAUCGAAACAGAGCUUAAAGUUAUUUAGUGACAUCGACAAAGCUGGAUUGACUAUUCUUGAUGAUAUUCUUUCGAAGGAGAAGCUUCAUUUAGAUGAAAAUCUAAGUAAAUUCUUCACCACUUUGAAGAACAAUAAUGGAAGAAAAGAAAACAAGGUGGAGAUCCACGUUGAUAACUUCAUUUAUGAGGUUUUAAUUCAUUUUGUCAAGCUAGUUCACAACAUCAAACCCAUAACUAAUAAGGAGAUCUUCAUCAACAUCAUUAAUGAGUUGCAAAACUUCUUCUUGAAAACAUUCCUUGAUAGUUUCCGAGCUUUGGAAACUACCUUGAAACAUUUCGAUAAGCUCAUGGUGAAUUUCCGAUUGGACAUCAACUUCUUCAUUGAAGUGUUUGAACCUUCCAAGACUAUAAAGUUAAACGAGUACAGUUUCAAUAUCGCUGAAAUCAUCUUGAAAACAGUCCUAGAAAGAGAGACAACCAAGUUAAUGAGUGACAAGGAAUUCGACCGAAUCUUGAUUCGGGCCUUAAAAGACAGUGCCAGUCAGUUCGACUGUUUAAGUAGAUAGAAUAAAAGAGAAUCUAUUGGUGCCCAUUAUAUUAUUAAACAAAAAACAAUAUCCCA